AUGAAUUGUAUGAAAAUGGAUAAUUUAAUUUCAUUUAAUGAAGUUAUUAAGGAAGAAUUUCAUGAAGAAAGUUUUUGUGAUAAAAUAAAUGGAAAACAUAUUCCAAAUUCUUCUAAUGUUUAUGAUAAAAUUAAAUCAGAAAAAAAUUUUAGAGAAAAUCAUUUAAUAUUUAGUAAAUCUGAUUCAAUAAUAAGUAGGGUUGAAGAAUUUAUAAAUGAACAUGAUGAAGAUCAAAUUGCAAAUAAAGAGUUAUGUAUAACAAUAAUGAAAUCUAUGAGAAUUGUUGAUGCAUAUGAAGCUGAAGUAUCACAAUCAAGGUUUGAUAUAUUAACACCAGUAGAAACAACAAAUGAAAAUGAAAUAACAAGAUCAGAUAGUUCUGUGGUAAUCUGUAGUUUAGAAGCUUUAAAUGAAAAAAUUAAUCAGGGAGCUAAGAUACCAAAUUUAAAUAUGGAUCAUAAAUCAUCUAAAGGUGAAUAUUUAACAGGAUAUGAUUACAAUGUUCAUAUAAUAGAAUGUGACUCAGAGGAUGAUGUUAAUUAUGUUAUGGGUGAAGAAGAUAAUGAAUAUAAUCCAGUUAAUAUAAAAAAUGCUUCAUUUGACACAAUAAAACCAAGUAAUGUUCCUCCAUAUAUUCAAACAGUCAUAAAUUUUGGUACUCCAGAUGAUCCAUAUUUACAUUUUAGUAUUGAUGCUAUACAUGAAAAGAGUGAUGAUGUGGGAUUAUUUGAUGAUGAAAAUGAAUUAGAUAUUUUUCCUGAUGGUGUUCGUGGAUUAAAAGAAAAUAUUUUAGAUUUUAAUAUAUCUAGUGAAACCAUAUAUAAUAUUAUUUCAUUGACUCAGGAAAAACAUCCUAAUGUAGAUAUAGAUGAAAUUUUUACUAAUGUUCAUUUUUUAUUUCCAAAAAUUGGUUCUUUAAAAGUUCUUAAAAAUGUAGUAUGUGAUAUUGAACGACAAAUAGGAAAAAUUAAGAAAAGAAUAAAUCCUGAAUCAAAAUCAUCUUUUAUUACAGAUUCUUGGUGUAAUAACUGUUGUUUAUUUAUGGAUUGUACCUGUGAAAAAAACAAUGAUGGAGCUAUUCCAAUGUCAUAUGUUACAAAACUUCCAUAUGAUGAUAGUGAAUAUAAAGAUAUGUGUGGAGUAGAUUGUUAUAAAAAUAAAUCAAAUCAGAGUAAAUAUCCCAAAGAUAUAUCAGAGUAUUCUAAACUUGAGCAGAUACGUUUUAAACAAUACUAUAUAUUGUUUGGAAAUAGAAGUUGCCAUAUAAAAGAUACUUUAAUAACAGAUGAAGGUGUUAUAGCAAAAUGUUAUCGUAUAAAAGUUUUUCUUGAUAAAUUUUGUAAAGGCCUCCCAACAAAACAAUACAUAAAAAUGACACCAGCUCAACAAUCUCUAAAUACCUAUCAAACAUUUGCCAAUGUAGCAAGAAAAACAAUUUUAAUAAAUGAAUCUGAAUAUGGUAAUGAUGAUAAAUAUUCACCUUGUAAACAUUUUGGAGAAUGUAGUGAGAAAAAUAAUUGCCCUUGUAUAAAAUCAAAACAUGCAUGUUUUAACAUGUGCCAAUGCCUUCCUUCAUGCCCUUCAAAAUUUACAGGUUGUAAUUGUAAAAGUGGAAAUUGUAGUACAACAAAAUGUCCAUGUGUUAAAUUGGGAUGGGAAUGUGUUUCAACGUAUUGUAAAAAUUGUAACUGUGAUAUAACAAUAGAUGUUUCAAUUAAUGAGAUGUGUCGAAAUUCUUUUUUACAACGGGGUUUUUCAAAGAGAUUGGAUAUUAAAGAAUCAACUAUAGCUGGAUUUGGUGCAUUUGCAACAGAUCUUAUAAAAAAGGGUGAUUUUAUAAGUGAAUACAAAGGUGAAAUUAUAUCACAAGAAGAGUCAGAAAGAAGAGGUCGUGUAUAUGAUAGCAUCAAAAUGAAUUAUCUUUUUAAAUUAAAUCAACUUCAACAAGUUGAUGCAUAUCAUUAUGGUAAUGCUUGUCGUUUUAUAAAUCAUUCUGAUACCAAUCCUAAUGUUCAUGCAAAAAUUAUUGUUGUAAGCGGGAUGCAGAAGAUUGCUCUAAUUGCCUUAAGAAAUAUUGAUCCUGGAGAAGAAUUGUUUUUUAAUUAUAAUUAUACUAAACAUCAAACUAAAAAUUUUGUUAAAAAUAUUACAGGUCCUCAAGGUGUAAAAAGAAAUCACAAAGGGCCUGCAAUAAAAGCUGAAAAAAUAGAUCAUUUGUGGAAAAAAUUUAAUUCAAAAAAAAAAUAA